GUCGAGAAAGAAAUUAGCCAGCGAAGUGGAACUAGCUAAAUUACUGGUGAUUUCUUCGAAUUCACAAUUGAACCAACUGAAUCUUGCAUAGAUGUGCCUAGUACGGAUGCUAGGAAAGCAUAAAGGGCACUCAAGUGCACUCAUCCCACGCUUGUCGCCAUAUUAAACUUUAAUGUUGAGUGAUCUGCAGGAUAAUAAUAACAAUAAUAAUCAUAAUAAUAAUAGUUGCAAGUAUACUCGGUUUCUAUGCAAGUUUUUCAUUGAUAAAAUUUUAUAAUUUAGAGUAUUCAAUUGUUUUUAUAUUUAAAACUACAUAAGUGUUGAGAGAAUUUCAAUAAUACUAAUUGGUGUAUCAAAAUGAAUAAUGACAGUGGUAAUGAAAGUAGUGAGUGCGUAGAUCAAGUAAAAUUGAAUGAAAUAAUUUUGAUAGAAAAUGAUGGAACUUUGUCUCAAAAAGAAUGCCAUGAAACAAAAACCAUCUACCACUCCGAAAGUAUUAUGGUUGAAAACAAUUUAACAAUGGAAGAAACGUGUAAUGGAAAGACGGCUAAUCAGUUUACAGAUGCUACACUCAAAAUUGAGUCAUCAAAAAACGAUGAACCUUCGCCACUUAGCGCGGAUAAUUCGAUAGACGAUCCCACAGAAGAACAAUUAUCCUUUAAUGACAGUUUAAGUGAUUUAGAAGAUAAUGAAGAAUUAUCAUCGUAUUUUGGUCAAACUCCAAUCGUUAAGCAUAAAUUCGAAUGUUGUUGUCAAACAUGCAAUACACAAAGGGCCUUUAUUAGAGAUAAAGUACAAAGAAGUUGGCAUUGGCAAAGUCAAGGUCUCAAAAUUCGAGAAUAUAUAAGAGCUUUAUUCAAUGCAGCAGUUGAAUGUCCUUCUGUGCCUAAUAUUCCUAAAUAUGAAUUUGAUGAAACUCAAUACAAACAACUACAAGAAAUAGUCAAUGAAUUCGUAUUAAACUAUCCACAUAAAUUAUUCCUCAUGCUAGCUAUACAGGCUCAAGAAUUUGUUGUUGAAUUGAAAAUUGGUAUAAUGCAACAAUUUCCAAGUAAUAUUGAUAUUGACCAAAUAGCUGAAACAUUUCUCACUCGUCUUCUAAAUGGUUAUGAUGUGAUUAUAAACACAGCUAUACAAGUAAGUGAGCUAACAAAAUUACUCGAAGAAAAACAUCUCAGCAAAUUCAAUCUUACGUGGGAAUUUUUCAAUAAAAAACUUUAUCAAAAUUAUGUAUAUCUUUAUGAGCCAAUAAUACGAAAUAUUUUGCCAUGUAUAAUGCGUCAAUUACAAAAAUCGUGUAAGAAAAAUAAUGAUGGAUAUAAAUUGCUUCUUAGACGAUACCUCGAUUUUGUUGACGAAAUGAUGAAGACUGCCAAAUUAUGGGGUGAAACCGAAUCAUUAAUAGAUGAAUAUAAUGUAGAACAAGUUACUCGUAUACUUAACACACGUAAAAUUGAUCCAGAUGUGUGGACUAUUUCGACUAUAGAGGAAGCAUUGAAGGUUGAAAGCGAACGAACAAUGGAUGUACCUGGCGUUGAGUUAGGUCAAAUACCAUUUGAUUGUUACUUCGUUAAACAAUUGAGUGAAUUGGAAGCUACAAACCUUGAUAACACCAAAUUUGUUCGUAAAAUUCUAGAUAUAUGGGCUAAGAAAGCUUAUCAAAUAUUGGCAGCUGACUAUUUGGGAGGUCAUUGGUUUGACUAUAAACAGAACCUUUUAAUAGAGAAUUCAAUAAAUCACAAAAAUCUUGAUUAUUAUUUCGGUUAUCAAAGUGGUGGUGCUCUUGUUCUCAACAGUCCAAAUGACAGUAACAUCAAAAUUGAAACCAAUUGUUCUGUUUGUGGAGACUUAACAUGGGUUUCAUAUUUGGUCAUAAAUGGAAGAACUAACGCUGGUUUAUGUGCACAUCCUGCAUUACCGAAAAAAGAAAAACCUGUAGAAGAAGAUCCAAUUACGCAAAAAAUACAUUUUAAACGUUGUAUUUGUAUUUAUCGGCAUCUAGCUGAAUGGCAAGUAGCAACAUUCCAAGGAUUAUUAUUAUUUCCGCCGUGUUCUUGUAUACUAACUAUCGGACAUUUUACUCCUUCAAAUUUGGAAAGUCCUGCUACUUCAACUUGCUUUUGUGUUAAAAAUGAUAUCUCACCGAUAAAAAAAUUACCUGAUAAAAUUGUCAAACAGAAGACGUUAUCGCCUCACGAACAAAAACCUUCAGACCUAAAAACAUCAAAUAGCGCUAAGGUUACAUCAACAUUAACACAGACACUGCAUUCUGCAGUUCAAACAUCGACUAUUCCACAUAAAUGUAAUGACCAUGACAAUCAUCACGCUAAAGGGUUAACUAAUGGUCUAUCAUCAAAAGAUACAACAAAAACUACAGAAUCUUUUAGCAAAAUUCGAAAUUUAAAGAAAAAUCAUAAAAAUAUUAAUAGUAAUAAUAUCAACAAUACUCAUGCUCAUAACAAUAACUCAUCUUCCCACAACUGUUUAAAUAGACGAUCAAAUGUUGAACAAAUAAAAAGAGUUUCUUGUAACGGCGUUGAUGGCAAUCAUUCUGAUUCUGCAAGUAUAGGAGAUUCGUGUUCAUCUGCUGAUUCUUCAACACCACGAGAAAGUGGUCGGCACUGUGACUGUUGUUAUUGUGAAGUAUUUGGUCACGGUGUUCCUUCAGUAGCAUCUGUUAAUAGAAAUUAUAAUGAAACACGUGAAAGAUUACGUCAAUUACUUACGAAGAAAAAAUCUAAAAUAUGUAGUACAGCUUCUUGCAAUUCAACACCAAGUCCAAUAGAAUCGAUUAUUAUCUCUAAUUCUAAUUCAGGUCAUAGCGAGAAUAGCAAUUCAAAUUCAAUUUCCAACAACUCUGAACCAAAACCAAAUAUGCUAGUUCAUCAAUUUAUAAACUCAACUGACCAAAGCCAGAAGCAAGAUAAUCGAGAUCUAAAUACACUGCUUGACUUUAUUGAGGGUAAUCAGCAAUCUAUUAAUAGUAAAAAAGACAUUAAUAUAAAAAAAAUUGAAAAAAAAGCAAGGCAAAAACAGAAAAAACUUGAAAAAAAUUUGAAAGAACAACAGGAAGAAUUAGAUAGAAAGAAACUUGUAGAAUUGCAGAAGAAGACUCCUGGUGUAACAAUUACAGUAGUUGAUCCACAAAAACCAGUAUCUCAAAAAUUAUUAUUGAACCGAAAUUUACCUGAAGUAUCAAUAUUACCGGCUACAAUUUCUCAUCAACAGAAACACAUUAAUAAUAAUGAAAAUAGCCGGAGUUGCAUAAGUAAAAAUAGUAGUAGUGGUGGUAAUCAUAGCAAUAUUAGCAAUAAUAGUAUUUCUAAGAGUAACAGCAGUAGUAGUAUUAAUAAAAACAAUAGCAAUACAAAACAGCGAAUGACGAUUAAUAAAGAAAUACCAGGUGAGAAAAAGGGUACUCGUGUAAUUGGUAUUAAUGAAAUAUUAAACUCUAGUCAUUCAGCAAAAAGUAUUAAAGAUCAAGAGAAAUUGAGUAAAAUGAGUAAGAAUACAAUACUUAAUUCACAAAAUAAAAAACCAUCUGAAAGCAUAAUGUUAGACCCUCAGUCACAAUUAUCAUUAACAAAGAAACAAAGGAAGAAGUUACGACGUGAAAUGAUGAAGAAAUUAGAGGAAGAAAAAAAGAACCAAGAACAGAAGCAACAUGAGGAAGCUGAAAGUCAACCACAAAUCGUCACGAUUAAAAGAGUAAUGGAAUCUAAUAGUGCUGAACCGACUGUUACAAUUACACUGAAAGGCCAGACUCCAGCGGAAGAUAAAGUUCUUUUUACAUUAAUUAAUGGACAAACUAAAGAACCGGUUCAAGAGCAGCAAGCGUCUCAAAAUUCUACAGGAAAGAAGAAGAAGAAAAAAAAGAAAAGCCAAGAUGCUAAUAAUCAAGCAGCUCAACAAGUCAAUCAAAUACCAGUAAAUCAGCUAAAUGGUGUAAAAUCCAAAGUUCAAGGAGUAAAAGGAAAUGAUAAAGUUUUGAAAGAUCAGUUAGUGAACGGUAAGAAUAAAAUAAUGGAACAAGAAAAUUCUCAAAAACUAUUUUUGACGAUUACCAAAGAGUUAACUCAAAAUAAUACAGAUAGUAAAUCGAAAAAAAAUAAGAAAAAUGUUGAAAAUAAACAGCCUCUAACUCCACUACAACAAAAAAAUAAUACAAAAGGAAAGAAUCAACAACAUGAACCGGUUGAAAAUGAAAAGAAACUGAAAAAAGUUAAUACAACAGGCCAACCACUUGCUGAGAUUAAAAUUCAGUCGAAUGUCAAUAAUCUGACGAAUAAUGUACCUAGUAAGAAAAAAAAUAAAGCACUAAAACAACAAAACAGCAAUAAUAACAAUACUGAUAAUAAUAAUAAGAAAAAUAAUAAUCAAUCUGAAAAAAUAAAUAAUAAAAAUAAUAAUAAGCAGCCAACAGUUGAAGUAAAUAGCAGCCAAAUAACUCAGUUAAAGACUACAAUAGCUCAACAAUCUAUGUCUAAACUCCUACGUACAAAUAUUCAACAGAAUAAAAUUAAUGAACAAAAUAGUAACUCAUUAAGCAGCCAAUUAAAAGAUGCUAGUUCCAAGAUAAACAUUGAAAAUCUUAGAUUACCUCCUGGAAUAACAAUCACUAAAGUUGACGCACCAGUUAAGCCAUUGCCAAUUAAAUCUACGCCACUACAAAAACAACCUACAAAUGCAUCUAAACAAGCCACAAUAAUAGCUGCACCAAUGUCUGCCAAUAGUAUGCAGUCAAAUUAUAGUAGUUCAAGUUCACAGUCACCAGGUAAUGUUAUUGUAGUUGACACUGGAAAACUUAAACAGGACCUUCUUCCAGACAAUGAGAAAGGCGCAUCAAGAGAACAGAGUAAUACAACAAGUAAUAGUAAGAAGAAAAAGAAAAAGAAGAAAAAUAAUAAUGCCAAUAAUACCAAUGCUGAUAAUAAUAAUUCUGCCAAUGGGAAUAAUAAAUCUGGAGUAAUUGUGAUGUCGAAAAAGAAUAAUGACUUAACAUCCAAGUAUUCAAAUAAUGAGCAAGCUAGGAUAGUUCAUAAUCCUGGAUCGAAUAUGGUAACUAUACGUAAUCCUGCGUUCGGUUCAGUUCCAAAAAUGGAACCUCUUCAACAAGCAGCUAUAAUAAAACUCUCAGAAAAUGGGAUGGUGACGAUAAGAAGUCCAGCUUUACAACAGGCGAUAAAUGCUGGUUUAACACCGCCUCCAAAACCGGAUUUCAUUGUUAAAGGGGAUUUUGUAACAGGAAAUAAUACACCUAAAUCAACAACGCAAUCUAAUCAUAUUGCGGAACAAAAAUGCACUAGUAAUGGAUUUAUAUCAUCUAAUAUCUCUGAAUUAAGAAACAAACUAUCAACACCUCAAUGUGGUAAUAUAUCCAGUUUUGGAAAUAUUCAAAUAAGUAAGGUAACUAACGGCCAAUUAAUACCAGAGAAUGGAAUAAAUCUCAAAGGUACUAGUGUUACACUGACUAAAAUCAAUAGUCCAGAAACUGUUACUACGUCUAAAAAGAAUAAUGAUAAUCAACAACCAACUGGAAAUAAAACAAAAAAGAAAAAGAAGAAAUCAAGUGGUACAAAAUCGUGUGGCGAUGACUGGAAUCUCGUUGAGAGUGUAUUCACGCCAAAAGAUAUAGACCUUGAGGACGGAGAAAUGGAUGAUGCUGAACGAGAAUUGGAAGCUUUCAAACGUUUCUGCUUACAAUCAGUACCACCACCACGUAAAGAAAAGGUUAAUCUCAAUAUUAAGGACAUUGUCUUAAAGAAAAAAUCAUCAUCUACUGCCGCAUCAGCAGCAAUUAUAGCUGCUAAUUAAGUUUAAUUACUUUUAUCAAUAUAUUCAUGUAUAUAAUAAUAUUAAUAAAUAAUAAUAACUAUAAUAAAACUGCCAUGAUGGUGAAUACUACACACGAGAUAAAAGAGAAUCAUGAAAAUGAUGAGUAUAAUAUAAUAUUGAGAAGAUUAUUGUUCCAGAUAAGAGUUACAGUGAAUAAAUGUACAUAUUAAUAGUAA